AUGAAUACCACUUACUCUGAACUCGGAAUUCAAGAUACCGAUAACGUGAUUUUCUAUCCUGCACCGAAUUUCAUGCAGCCAACAGCAGGGCACAUCAAGGAACGAGUUGGAGAAGUUCGUUCUCCACCAAUUUCGCGGACUUAUCAGAAUGAACAGAGGAACAUACCAGAAAAGAGAUUUAAUAAUUCUGAAUAUCCUCGCCAGUAUCAGGAACAAAGUUCCGGAGGACGCUUCUCUUACAAACCAAGAACAACAAGCAAAAACUUCGUCCCAAGCACAGAGGGGGCAACCCCUUCUCGAAACUAUUCCUUUUCAAAUGGGACGAACGAAUUGUUUACUUCAUCUGCAAGCUUUAACCACGUCAAUCAAAAUUCCGGCUACUUAAUUCAACCCCGCGGUUCCAUUCGGGAAACCUCUCUUCGCAUAGAUAGUGGGCAGGAUGGGCCAAGAGAGUGGUCUAGACGUGAGGAGAGCAUUCGUGAGACAGGAGAAAGCCAGAUGUCGCACACCUCUGAUCUCCAGGGUGAAGGCCGAUUCGUGAUCUCUCCUGCUCCUCCGUCACUAUCUGCACAGUCUGCUCCUUUGAACGGAUUUUCUCCCCUACCACCUUUCCCAGCUCCAAAUACACCUUCCGCAGCAUCCGUCUUUAGAGUCACCAGAAAACCCACAAUGGUCACAAGAAACGGCGAUUCUGAAGUCGUUACCACCGAAGAAAUGAAGAAAGAGGAUGAUACUAGCGAAACUAUCAUUCAAAGAAGAACGAUUCGAAGAAGACGUGUGCCAUCUUCUCGCCUGAAUUCUCGAAAUGGAGAUAUGAUGGAAGAAAUUCAAAGAUCAACUUCAUAUAAUAUGCAGAGACGAAUGGAAAACUCUGCAAGCUGUGCGCUUGGAAAACCGCCAGCAUCCGUUCGAGCAGGCAUUGGACAAUCUGCUCCCAGAUCCACUAUGAGUAGCAGAAAUAAUUCAGGGAUAUUCAAAAAUAGUUACUCACGCAUGAUUUGCUAUGCAGCUAUUUUUGUUUUACUACUUCGUGCAUCGUUCAAAAGAGCGCCACCUCGAACACUUAGUCAGACAAAUAUUCAUCAAUAUACGAACAGUCUUCGAAAUCAGUGGAGUUCAGAAAACAAUAUACGUGGCGGAUCCUAUUUGAAACCCACUCCAAUACGUGGAACCUACUCUGCCCAUCAAGAAAAUCUUCGACGUAAAAAUGAACUGAAUCAGCACUCAGAGCAUCACAGAACAUCAAGGCGCGUCUCCGAGACAGGAUAUGGUGAAAUCUGCCAGGAAAUCGUCUCUCUUUUGCCAAUAGGACGUGGAAUUCAGGAUCUAGAAUCUGGCUCGAACGCCGCCACGUUGCCAAGAGCAGGUUCCCAAACGGCUGCCAAUACUACUUUGAGUCCCCGAACUCAGGCUAGAGAAGUCCGGCUUCGAAAUCAAGACAUUUCAUCACAUAUACCGUUGAGAAGUCCACUCUCACCUUCAUAUAGACGCCGGUCUAUUUUGGGAUUUCUCCAACCAAGAGGUUCUUCAUAA